AUGUUGGCUCUAAAACUCACUUCACAAUUCAACACAAAGGCCUACUGUGGACCCGCUUGUGCUGUGCCUUCCUGUGCCUCUGCCCCAGUUGUUGGCUUUGGAUCAGCUGGUUCCAGAGGUCUUGGUUGGGGUCUUGGCUCCGGUCUGGGCUAUGGCUAUGGCUCUGGUUUGGGCUGCGGCAAUGGCUUGGGCUACAGCUACAACCCUGGUGGUUGGGCUGAAUCUUCUAGAGGCCUGGGAACCCUGGCUGGAGUCAUCCCUUCUUGCAUCAACCAGAUCCCAACAUCUGAGGUGACCAUCCAGCCUCCUUCUUCUGUGGUGACCAUCCCUGGUCCCAUCCUGUCCGCCAGCUGUGAACCCGUCGCCAUUGGAGGCAACGCCCCAUGUGCCAUUGGUGGUUCUGGGCUGAGAGGAAGCUGGGGCUAUGGAGGUUUUGGCUUCAGGGGUUACGGUGGUCUUCUUGGGAAAAGGUACCCAUGGAACCGUAGAGGAAGCAUCUGUCUGAGCCGCCGUGGUAGCAUCUGCGCGUAGAUGGAUGACGUUGGCAUGGAAGACCCCCCACUCUGAUACUACAGCAGUUUGGACUCACUCCUCUUGUUUGUUUCCCCCACCUUUUCUUUAUAUAUAUUGUCGUGUCCCACUCCUCCGCUGACGGCCGGGUCAAGGAAAUCCGAAUCAGGCGUGCCUCUGCAGCUCUGCCAAAGUCCUAGCAAAGUCCUCAGGGCAGGCAGGAGACCAGAAAGUGACUUCAGCAAGAUAUGUUUAGACUUUGCCUGACUCAGAGAAUGCCAGAAAGCAGAUCCUUUAUAUAGGCCAUGGGGUGUGGCUCCAUGACUCAGCACUUAUCCAGGCCUGCCCCUCCCUUCCUUCUGUUGCCUCCGUCUAUCAAGUCUCCUGACGCGA